AUGAAGAUCUUCAUCGUUGCGCUGCUUUGCAUUUCCUCUGCUUUCGCCGACGUGAGCGAGAUAAUCCAUCAUGAACACCAGGAACACCAGGAAGCUCGUCCGUUCGAUAUUUUGACGAUCAACAACAUCAACGUGGAACACCAACCCUCCACUCUGGAGCACAUCUCGGAAGCCAUCCACGUCCAAGAACCCGCUGCCGUUGGGUUUGGUUUGCCGGACGAGGGCAUUGAAAUCCUUGAAGCCAUCGAAGUUCUCCCGGUCGUCAAUGCCGACGCCGUUGUUACACGUGUUCAGCUGACCGAAGCCCACGCUGAUUAUCAGGGACCCUAUCACUAUGAGAAACCGACUGUUCAACUGAAAUACGGUGCCCCACAGCCUACCCCAGUAGAACCAUCGGUCCCUGUUGAACCACCCACGCUGAAGGAUCAAUCGAACAACUAUCUGCCACCAAAGUACACCGGGGACAACCUGGUCAAGCGUCAUGCCAAAUACAUCGUUAGACGUCGGGUUUAGAGUCGGUGAGAAAAAAAAUGAUUGAAAGAUGAUUAUGAGAUGGUAAUGAAUGGUGGAAUAAAGUGAUGUUCAAAGUGAAACGUGUUACGCCUUUGGUUA